CCUUCAAUCCGACGCUCUGCUCUCUCCAACGUGCUUGACAAUCGCUUCCUCCUUCUCUUUAUAAAGCUACCCCACCCCUAUCGACGAGUGGCUACAUUCCAGCAGGAGGAUAAAAAUGGCGACAGUUGGAGGAAUUAGCGAUGUUGAUGAGGGGAAGCAGAACAGCCUGGAGAUUGAUAGUCUCGCUCGUUUUGCUGUCGAUGAGCACAACAAGAAACAGAAUACACUUCUGGAGUUUGGGAAGGUGCUGAAUGCGAAACAGCAGGUGGUUUCUGGGACUGUGUACUAUAUAACACUGGAGGUUACAGAUGGCGGGAAGAAGAAAGUUUAUGAAGCCAAGAUUUGGGAGAAGCCAUGGCUGAACUUCAAGGAGUUGCAGGAGUUCAAGCUCAUCGAUGAUGCCCCUUCAGGCUCUAGUGCUUAGCUAGGUAUCAAUUACAGAACACUGUUGCUCUGUUUUGAUUGCUGGUGUUGACUUAACUGUUAAUAAGAUUAGAAGGGUUGAGGAAUUGAAUGCGCAUUCCCAUUUGAUGCUGCCAUAAAGAGACUGUCUAGGAAUUAUGUGUUUCGUGCUGGAAUGCAUGUAGGAGAUUUCCUUCUAAAGUCUAAACAGGGCCCAACAAUCAUAACAUCCUUUUCCUAUAUGAGUAAAGAUGUUAAUGUAAGUAUCAAGUGUUCCUUCAUUAUUGGGGAAACAGUAUUUUUUACCCUCGAGCUA